UAUCCAUGCCUCUAUUGUGCCCCUAUUGUGCCCCUGUUGCCAGCAAACACUCUUGACAGCUAUAUGUGACAUGCAUGCAAAAGGAUAUUCUGUCUUCUAAAUGUACAUUGAAACUGCUUUAGAUUAUUCGUUUAAUUCCCUCCAUGCUCAAUAAGCCGAAUGGCCUCCUCUCGUUUGUAACUUUCUUAUGUUCUUAUUUUCUUAUGAGUCAUACGCUAUAUUCAAUUUUUGUCUUAUUAGUCAAGGUGUUAAAAAGCAGCAAUAAAUGCAAUAUAAAUAUGCAUUACAUUGAAACAUGACACGCUGGACAGAAAAACAGAGUGAAAAAUACAGUUUUUCAAGUGGGCAAUAGGCACUGAAUGUGUAAUGAGUAGAUGUUGGUUUCAGUGCUAUGAUUCCAGUCUAUUGAGAAGUCAGUCCCUGUGGGAGAUCCAGUCUUGCUGGGAUGGGCCAGACUGUUUAUCAGUCGCUCUGCCAGGAAAAUCAGUUCUCUUUCAGCCCCACCGUCCUCGUUUUGAGACCAGUAUCUUCCCAAUAGUUUAUUAAACAUACAUGUUAAUUCAAAGCAUCAUUUACUUUUGACAGCAUUCUUGCACGAAUAGUAAAAGCAUAAUGAGUAAAGGGAACAAUGGCACUGCAUGCAGUUACUCUGUGGGCUGCCCACUGUCGAUGGACCUCUGGCAUUCCUGAGUCACGGCCUCGGGCCUCCUGCCCAGCCAGUAGGGGCUGCCUCUCACUGCCAAACUCCCAGACAAGGACAGGGACAUUUAGGGGAGGUUACAGGGCAACAACACACCCUGCACGCCGCUCAAAAAAUGUCAAUUUUUGAGGAUAGCUAGAGGCAGCCUCUGCUCCCGGGCCAUGCGCUCUCUCGCGCUUCCUCAUCUGUCAGCUGCAAUUACUCUAAUCUUCCCUGGAGUCUUUAAUCCUUUAAGAGUGUGCAGUCGGCUAUGAACAGGUGGCUCCUUCUGUCCUGAGGAGGUUUUUGUCCUGCAGGACUAUUUGGAUAGGUAAUCUCUCCCUCUGGCACUCAGACUGCACUGGACGUACGGUCCCCUGACUUGCUGCAGAGUCCAUCUCGUCAACAUGGAUUUUCUCUACUCCUACCAGCACUUUUGCUGCCUUCCUAAACAUUUCCUCAGUUUCCUCAUCAGUCUAGUGCUGGUGGAGUGAAAUCCUGUGGUUCUGGUGCCACAGGGUGGAUGGCAAAGCCCCUGCCUGAAAACCACUGGAGCAGGAAGGAAACCUGUGGUCCCUGGUACCUGCAGAACAGCCCACAAAGUAAGAGGCUGAUCACCAGAAGCUAUGGGAGCAACAUAUGCAAAAAAGAAGGCGCGUGACUUUAAACAGCCAUGCACAAGAAACGGGAAACAGCUCAACGGCAGGGCCUCGGCCUACGCUGACCUGCAACAGGAGGAGCAAGAGGAGCCACGACAAUGUCAGCACCGAGACAUGCUCACAGCUGCCGGCUACGUGCCCCAUCCAGAUUACAUGGAGGAGGACAAUGAUCUGAUCAAGCCUAAAAAGCUGCCUAAUCCAGUGAAAGCCUCUAAAAGCCACCAAGAUCUGCACAGGGAGCUUCUGAUGAAUCACAAAAGGGGCGUGGGAGCGGAGAGCAAGCCAGAGCUCCAGCGUGUGCUGGAACAGAGGAAGAGGGAGCAGCUGAUCAAACAGCGGAAGGUGGAAGAGGAGGCCAGGAGGAAGAUAUCCCCACUGGAACAGGAGCUCCUCAAGAGGCACAAGAAGCUGGAAGAGCUGGAGAGGGAACAGGAGAAGCAGGAGGAAGGCGCGGAGAAAGCACCAGAGUUCAUAAAGGUGAAGGAGAACCUGAGAAGGACGAGCAUAAUGAACACAGGUGAAAAGGAGGUGUGAGAAGGUACCCUUGGAGUCUUCGGGGAUUGGAGGUGGGGCAGCCUCCCCGAUGGGCCUGUCUGACAGGACACAAGCCCCUUCUUAUCAUGCAGCAGAUGUUCUGAAGCCAUGAAAAGCCCUUGUCUCUCCUUUACAAAAAAUGGAUACGAGCAAUUGGACUGCAAAGGAGACACACCAGUUGGACACACAGUGAGCAUCUCUAAUGACACCAAGUGAAUCUGCCAUGUGCCCAUUUGAUCUGUAUGAUCUGAAAAGCAGGCCAGGAGGCGUGUGGAUGUGAGUAGGCCUAAAGCCCGUGAUAUCUGUGGGGGGGGGGGGGGGGGGUGUACCUCAAAAACAGGUCGAGAGGCGUAUCUGGAUGUGAGUAGGCCUAAAGCCCGUGAUAUCUGUGGAGGGGGGGGGUGGUCCUCAAAAGUAGGCCAAGAGGCGUAUCUGUAUGUGAGUAGGCCUGAAGCCCAUGAUAUCUGUCUGUUUUUGGUGUCCUUCUCGGACCUUAGAUCAGACAAGUUUCAUAAAGUCUCUCUAAUCUUCAAAAGGCUAUUUGAAGCAGACCACACUGGCCUUGUCUUUAUGAUGAAAGACGGGGCCGAAGUUGCACUGAUGUGACGCCACACGGCUGUGGACCCAUGACGAGUGUAGAUGUCCUCACACUGCUAAGCUUCAUUUCACAGGGACUUCAAACUGUCCCCGCAUGUCCUCCACAGUGGCCACUGUGAACAGCAACACAAAACAGACAGUAUUACACGAAACAGAAAUAAGCGCUUCUCUCGUCAAAGAACCUAUAUUACUGUAUAUAUAUAUAUAUAUAGCCAAAAGCUGAACUAAUGAAAGUGGGAAUAUUUAGAAAAAAGUUCUACAAUAGUCAUUUUGCACUUUAGCUUGCAUGCAUUACAGCACAAUUUUGGACGUUAAUUAAAAUUUUGUACAUUUUAAAAUGACUUGGAUCAUGCGUUGCAUAGCAUAAUUCAUUAAUAAGAUGCAUAUCUUAACAGAAAAUUGCAGGUAAUCUUUAUACAAAGCAGAAUGUGCAACAAGAAGGCAUUGGAGGUUUGCAGGGUUUGUUCAGGAAACAAUCCCUGGAUUAUGGGCUCAAUCUUUUUUUAGUGCCUUCUACAGGGGUGCAUGCGAUCUGAUGCCCAUUCAUUAUUCCCUCUGAGAUUUCGUGUUCGGGCACCAAAAAUCGAAUUUUUGAAAUGUAAGCUUGAAUGAAUGUUCCCCUGUAAUCAUAUAUGCUGGUGUCAGAUGUAGACAUGAUCAAUGGUCUGUAUUGAUUUAUUGCAAAGUACAGCAUGUAUGUGUUUGUGUGUGUGAGAGAGAGCAAGCAACAGAGUUUAGAGCGAGAGACUUUGUACACUGUUUGGAGAGAGGAAUUCUGUAACUUUCUAAUAUAUUUCAGAACAUACUUACUCCUCUUCAAAUUGCUGUUAUGCAAAUAUAUACAGACAUAGAAAUAGCAACGUAAUCUUCUCCUACAAAAAUAAUGAAGACAUUUAUUAAAGCUGCUUCUCCAAUUUACGACAGCACUUUAGAAGCUAAAUGUAGCUGACAGAAAUUCUUUAAAGAUUAAUCUUUUAGUACAUAUGUGUACAUUUUUUAGAAUUAAAAAUCUAUUGCAAAUACUAUUAAUUUAUAGUCCUUUUACCUUUUAUGUCGACUUUUCUGUAGUAAUUCAUUAUCCAUAAUUUCAAAUUUUGUUUAAAUAAAAUGCAAAUGAUCUUUAACUGUAGGAAUGGUUUGCAUAGUUUAAUUAUUAUAAUUAUUUCUGAUGUCCUUUUAUGUUAACUUAUUGAUUUCAUGAGCAGAUACAAUGAUUUUUUCCCUGUUUUUGCACAUGGCACAACAAAUGUUAUGAAUAACAGAUUAUUGUAAGCAGCAGUAUUUAAAAGAUGGUCAAUGGAAGUAAAACAAGGAUGCGUUACUUUGUAUUUCAAAAUAAAGAAUUAAUGGCACAUUCAAAAGAAAA